UAAAAAUAAAAAUAAAACUCUUAUCAAGUAAUAGAAGUGGCAUCACCUUAUAUUUAUUCUCUUCUUCUGAUUUUCCCCAUGUGCAUCUUCUGCAAUUUUCUUCAGCGAGUGACAGUGGAUAUCGUUCGUAUUCGACCUCCCAUAACUAGUUAACGAGUUACCCCCGGUCCGCCAGUCCAUCGAUCCCGAGCCACGCUCUAUAUUUAGUUAACUAGUUAUACGAGUCAUGGAGGGUGUAGGCCGCAAGAAGCACUUGACCGCCCUGUUCUCGAUAUUCGAACCGUAUGCAACGUGCUGGGAGGACUUUGGAGGCUUUCUGAAAGUCCUCUUUGGAGAGACUACGCCGCCAUCGCUUGCUCCCUCUGGGCGAGGAGAACCGGCUGUCCGCGUUGAACCACUCGAGACACGCCAGUGUCUUUGCCGUCAUAACGAGGGAGGCCAGCACCAUAGCUAUCUCUAUACAGAUGAACGCGCGGAGGCGAGAGGCGGCGAGCUUGAUAUCGCGGUAUUCAACCACACGCGGUACUCGCGGCCUUGUAUAACAACUGGCGCACAAGAAGAAAAGAAGAACCCUGAUCGAGGGACAUGGGGUAUCAUGCGCAAACUCGAUGUCAACCGACUUGCAGACGACACCGAGGCUCAGUACAAAAAUGAGGGUCGCAACACUGGCAUACCUUCUCAACUUCGCAGAUGCGCCAGAGCAGCUGGCCGAGCAGUUCCGUCGUCUACACGACGAUAG